CUCUUCGUGACGCCAAGCCCCUGGUUGCCUUAAAACUCCUGCUUCAGACCCCUUACCCUUCCCAGUCCAAAGCCCGGGGCCCUGGCCCACUCCCACGCUAGCCUGCGGCCCGCACUGCCCCUGCGGGCAUGACGUUACUCGCGAGGCGAGGUCCUCUGACGUGAGACGUAACUGUCCACCAUCUUUGUCCCUGGCAAGUGGGUUUUGCGCAGUGGCUUAGACCUGGAGGAAUCGUGACGCGCAGGAAACCAUUAGACCACCUCUCUGGCUGCGCCGUCAGGCAGCUGCCGCCCCGCCUUUGCCCUUGGUGCACAUUAAAGAUCCAAAACCAUGACAGAUUCCAAGUACUUCACAACAAAUAAGAAAGGAGAAAUCUUUGAAUUAAAGGCUGAACUCAACAAUGAAAAGAAAGAAAAGAGGAAGGAGGCUGUGAAGAAAGUGAUUGCUGCUAUGACUGUGGGGAAGGAUGUUAGCUCUCUCUUUCCAGACGUAGUGAACUGUAUGCAGACUGACAACCUGGAGCUAAAGAAGCUCGUGUAUCUCUACUUAAUGAACUAUGCCAAGAGUCAGCCAGAUAUGGCUAUCAUGGCUGUUAACAGCUUUGUAAAGAGCAGCCGGAUGUGGAUCCCUGUCCUGCUCAAACGGCCCGAAUCUCAGUCUCUCAAGCACUCUGCCUGUCCCACCUCCCCAACCCCACCAACCUCCAGAGCACCACACAAUGACUGUGAAGAUCCCAAUCCUCUGAUUCGGGCCUUGGCAGUUAGAACCAUGGGGUGUAUCCGUGUGGACAAGAUUACAGAAUAUCUCUGUGAGCCCCUUCGGAAGUGCUUGAAGGAUGAAGAUCCCUAUGUUCGGAAAACAGCAGCAGUCUGCGUGGCAAAACUCCAUGAUAUCAAUGCCCAAAUGGUGGAAGAUCAGGGAUUUCUGGAUUCUCUGCGGGACCUCAUAGCAGAUUCAAAUCCUAUGGUGGUGGCUAAUGCUGUAGCAGCAUUAUCUGAAAUCAGUGAAUCUCACCCAAAUAGCAACUUACUUGAUCUGAACCCACAGAACAUUAAUAAGCUGCUGACAGCCCUGAAUGAGUGCACCGAAUGGGGCCAGAUUUUCAUCCUGGACUGCCUGUCUAAUUACAACCCUAAAGAUGACCGGGAGGCUCAGAGCAUCUGUGAGCGGGUAACUCCCCGACUAUCUCAUGCCAACUCAGCAGUGGUGCUUUCAGCAGUAAAAGUCCUAAUGAAAUUUCUAGAGUUAUUACCUAAGGACUCUGACUACUACAAUAUGCUGCUGAAGAAGUUGGCCCCUCCACUUGUCACUUUACUGUCUGGGGAGCCAGAGGUGCAGUACGUCGCCCUGAGGAACAUCAACCUAAUUGUCCAGAAAAGGCCUGAAAUCUUGAAGCAGGAAAUCAAAGUCUUCUUUGUGAAGUACAAUGACCCUAUCUAUGUUAAACUAGAGAAGUUGGACAUAAUGAUUCGCUUGGCAUCCCAAGCCAACAUUGCUCAGGUUCUAGCAGAACUGAAGGAGUAUGCCACAGAGGUGGAUGUUGACUUUGUUCGCAAAGCUGUGCGGGCCAUUGGGAGGUGCGCCAUCAAGGUGGAGCAGUCUGCAGAGCGCUGUGUGAGCACAUUGCUUGAUCUCAUCCAGACCAAAGUAAAUUAUGUGGUCCAAGAGGCGAUUGUUGUCAUCAGGGACAUUUUUCGCAAAUACCCCAACAAGUAUGAAAGUAUCAUCGCCACUCUGUGUGAGAACUUAGACUCGCUGGAUGAGCCAGAUGCUCGAGCAGCAAUGAUUUGGAUUGUGGGAGAAUAUGCUGAAAGAAUUGACAAUGCAGAUGAGUUACUAGAGAGCUUUCUGGAGGGUUUUCAUGAUGAAAGCACCCAGGUGCAGCUCACUCUGCUUACUGCCAUAGUGAAGUUGUUUCUCAAGAAACCAUCAGAAACACAGGAGCUGGUACAGCAGGUCUUGAGUUUGGCAACACAGGAUUCUGAUAAUCCUGACCUUCGAGACCGGGGCUAUAUUUAUUGGCGCCUUCUCUCAACGGAUCCUGUCACAGCCAAAGAAGUAGUCUUGUCUGAGAAGCCACUGAUCUCUGAAGAGACAGAUCUUAUUGAGCCAACUCUACUGGAUGAACUAAUCUGCCACAUUGGUUCUUUGGCCUCUGUGUACCAUAAACCUCCUAAUGCGUUUGUGGAAGGCAGUCAUGGAAUCCAUCGCAAACACUUGCCAAUACAUCAUGGGAGCACUGAUGCGGGCGACAGCCCUGUUGGCACCACCACUACCACCAACCUGGAACAGACUCAGGUUAUCCCCUCUCAAGGUGACCUCCUGGGGGACCUUUUAAACCUUGACCUUGGUCCCCCAGUCAAUGUGCCACAGGUAUCCUCCAUGCAGAUGGGAGCAGUGGAUCUCUUGGGAGGAGGACUAGAUAGUCUGCUUGGCAGUGACCUUGGCGGGGGCAUUGGAGGAAGUCCGGCAGUGGGACAAUCCUUCAUCCCAUCAUCAGUGCCUGCAACCUUUGCUCCUUCCCCUACGCCUGCUGUGGUCAGCAGUGGUCUGAAUGACCUAUUUGAACUCUCCACAGGGAUAGGCAUGGCACCUGGUGGAUAUGUGGCUCCUAAGGCUGUCUGGCUGCCCGCAGUAAAAGCUAAAGGCUUGGAGAUUUCUGGAACAUUUACUCACCGCCAAGGGCACAUCUAUAUGGAAAUGAACUUCACCAACAAAGCUCUGCAGCACAUGACAGAUUUUGCAAUUCAGUUCAACAAGAAUAGCUUUGGUGUCAUUCCCAGCACUCCUCUGGCCAUCCAUACACCACUGAUGCCAAACCAGAGCAUUGACGUCUCCCUCCCUCUCAACACCUUGGGCCCAGUCAUGAAGAUGGAACCUCUGAACAACCUGCAGGUGGCUGUGAAAAACAAUAUUGAUGUCUUCUACUUUAGCUGCCUCAUCCCACUCAAUGUGCUUUUUGUAGAAGAUGGCAAAAUGGAGCGCCAGGUCUUCCUUGCCACGUGGAAGGAUAUUCCCAAUGAAAAUGAACUUCAGUUUCAGAUUAAGGAAUGUCAUUUAAAUGCUGACACUGUUUCCAGCAAGUUGCAAAACAACAAUGUUUAUACUAUUGCCAAGAGGAAUGUGGAAGGGCAGGACAUGCUGUACCAGUCCCUGAAGCUCACUAAUGGCAUUUGGAUUUUGGCUGAGCUACGCAUCCAGCCAGGAAACCCUAAUUACACGCUGUCACUGAAGUGUAGAGCUCCGGAAGUCUCUCAGUACAUCUAUCAGGUCUACGACAGCAUUUUGAAAAACUGAUAGACUGGUCUGAUGCCCUCUGGCCACCCUGAGAUUGGUGCAAGCUGAGGACCCUUAACUGGAAGAAAUUGUAUUGCCUAGAGACUCUGAACCCAAACACACUGAGACCACCCACCAAGGUAGUGACUAGUCUAACCUGUGCUGACAUUAGGGCACAACCUGUUGGAUAGUUAGGGCUUCCUGUGAACAUUUGUAACCACUGCUUCAAUCACUUCCCACCUCUUGCCACCUGCUGCCUUGGUCCUUAUUUGUGGCUUCUCCAUUCUAUGCCAAGGGCUGGCAUUUUUUAGUGUAGUUUGAUAUUUUGUCAUUGAGAGCUCAUUUCAGAAGCAGAAAAAGACAAAAAAUAUUAAAGCAAGGAAAAGUGUCACUGAAACAUAAACUGCACUUUAUUGUUUUAUAUUUUUGUACAUAUGAGAAAUUGAGGGAGUAGUGUAACUGGUAGAAAGUGUGAAAACAACUGAUUGUCAUUAGCUGCACAGUCCUAUGAAAAGAGAUAACAGUUCCCUGCCCACCCUGUUAGGAGUUCUCUUAUCUGAGGCAACUUUGUCCCUGGUCAUUUAAGUGCUUUUCCUUGUGAUUCACCCUGUCCUGUAUUAUCAUCUCAUUGGAUUUCUCUGCAGUUGGGAAUGGUGGUCUUCCUUGAUUGAAUGGUGUCACGGUGCAGGAAAUAGGGCCUGUCAGCACCAAGGCUGAGAGAAUUUAGAACUUACUACAUUCCUUUCUCUUGAUCUAACCCAUUAGUAACACUGAUUAAAGAAUUUGAGUAGAGAUGGAAAACAGGAACCAAAAUGCCCUUUCCCACUCCUUGCCCUCAGUUUAAUUCUCAGGUCCAUUUCAGAUCCAAAAUCAGUUUUAGAGUUGAAACAGACUUAAGUAAUCCAAUCCUCUUUUUCUUGAAAAAGAUAAAAGGAUGUUACUGCCUGAGGCCUGUUGGCUGUUUAGACACAGAGCUGGGAGCCUGGAUCAUUGUUUGCUGGUGUGUCUCAUUAGUUUUCUUUUCCUCGAUGCCUUUCUCUUGCCCUUCCUGUGCCUGCUUCUUUUCGGCUCUGCUUACAUUCCUUGCUGAUUUUGCACUCCAUUCACUGGCAUCAGGUGGCAGCAGAGUAUCUUUUCAAUUACUUGAAGGUAAAUCCAGGUGCCAGAAUGAAGGAGUAGCUAAUGCUUCCCUCUCUGCUCCUGGAGCACAGUUCUUGAGAUCAGCAGGGGGAUGUGGAGAUGAAGCAAGCUUAGAGGUAUCACAGAUUCACUUGAUCCUUUCAGCUCUGUGAUCUUCUCUUGGCUCUUGUUACUUAGGCUCCAAGGCAGUUGAGAUCAUCUCCGAGGGUUAAGCAGUUGUUGUCAUCUCUCAAAAGACUGGGAGAUGCGAAAUCCCCUCCUUUAACACAUUGGUGUAUUUUUUUCAAAGAAUGUUUUCGUGCCCAAAACACCAACUUCUUUAGCAGUGUUCACACUGUUUCAUGUGUGGGCACUUGGAUUGCAUGGAGCCCACUAGUCAGAAUUCAUGACCAAGACUGCUCUUCUUAGAUGCCUCUGUCAAAUCAGAGGUAUUUUCAGACCUAAGAGUAAGUCCAAGAGGAGGAAUUGUAAAAAAAAAACAGGAGUAGAAACUACCCCCAGCCCCAUCAUGUCUGAAAAAACCCUGAUUCAUGCCAGUUUUAAAACUUGGGAGAGUGGUAUUCCCCUAAGCAGUUUCAUAAACCUUGAGAAUCUCAAGAGAAGAAUUAAGGGGGUGUAGGGAAAGGAACCAGUGUCCUGUGUUACCAGCCCUCAGGCACGUGGAGAGGAAGGAGGAACACAGGAUCCUGUGCAGGGAGGUGGAUGGGGUGGAAGAGCAGGUUGAUAAAGCUCCCUUGUUGGGAAAUAUUUGGGUACAAGCAGUGAAGAAGGUUCACACUACCAGUGCUGUGUUCUCAAAGCAAACUGUAGUUCCAGAAGGAAGAGUAUGUGUCAGGGUAAGCAGACAGAACAGUUUUAUACCGGGAUAUGUCCCUCUGCAUCUGAAACAAGGCUUCUCUCAGCCUCCUCAGCAGUGAUGGGUGGCAGCUCCUGUUCUCAGCUGACUUGAGCCAACCAGUGAACUCCUUGCCCCUUGGGAGGCUGCCUCCUGUGCACCCUUGAUCAGUUAGGGAGGCAUUCUGCUCCAGGGAAAGGACCUCUCUCCUGAAGACAGAACCUGUUGCCUCCACCACGGCUUCCCUUUUGGCUCAUGUCCAGCUUGGCCUAAUUGGGGAAACAGAGGUAGAUUGCCCUGCAUUCCCUCUCUUCUGCCUCAGUGUGUCUUUUGUAAAGUCAGCUGGUGUCAUACAAAGGGCAGGGAAGCACACACACACCCAGAACUCUUUUGCUGGUCAGAGAUGCCCUGAGUGUCUGCCCUUGCCCGAGCCUGUUUGUGUGUCUGUGUUGUGAAGCUUGAGAUGCUGGAGAGAGAUGGGGAGGAGAAGGGUGGUAAAUGUUGCCCUAAGAAUGCUUACAUUCUUUUGUUGUUGGGAUCUAUUCUUUGGGAGGGUGGGGGCUGUGGGAAGCUUGACCUUGUGUCUUCAUCAAUAAACUGAUUUACACAUA